AAAUAUUUGGUAUGUAGAGGAAAUUCGACUCAUUUUGAGAAUUCGAUUUCUCUGAAUGCAACUCCAUAAAGCACAAGUCACCUAAAAUUCUAUUACUGAUAUGUAGACACUUGACAACAUGACUAUGAACUCUCAGGGAAUUACAGUGAUCUGUGACAUGUUUAAUGGACUAACCAUUGACACAAAUGAUCAGCCUUUUAACAUAGAAGAGUCAUUAGAACAGAGACUCACAGAUGCCAUUCCAAAAUGGAAGCAGGAGGGAAUUCGUGGGUUAUGGAUGAAGAUUCACCUUCCUCAUUCCUCUGCUGUACCAGUGUGUAGCAAGUUAGGGUUUGAUUUCAAUCAUGCUCAAUCAGGCUAUGUAAUGAUGACAAAAUGGCUGCCAGACAAUGAAGAAAACAAACUACCUGAAUAUGCAAAUCAGUACCUAGGUGUGGCAGGAUUUGUCCUCAAUGAGAAGGGUGAGCUGUUGGUGAUUAGAGAGAGAUAUAGUAUUAUGAAGUCACAACCCUGGAAGUUACCUGGAGGAUUGGCUGAUAAGGGGGAGGACUUGGCAGUGACGGCCAGAAGAGAGGUGCUGGAAGAGACAGGAAUCAAGGCCGAGUUUGUGUCGGUGCUGGGGUUCCGUCAUCAGCACAAUUUCCGAUUUGGCUGUUCUGACUGGUACUUUGUCUGUCUCAUGAAAGCACUUACCAUGGAAAUCAAACAUUGUCCACAGGAAAUUGCCGACUGUAAAUGGAUAACAACUGAUGAAUACUUAGCUGACCCAAACCUGACAGCUGCCAACAGGUUCUUUGCAGAAUGUUACCUUAAUCACCAGAAAAAUGGCAAUCUGACUAUAUCUCCCUCACAAGUUGACUCCUGGAACAAGAAGUUUAAAAACAACAUAUACAGUAUUCAAUCUGUUCCAAAGGACUUUUUACAGAGUCGUGAUCAAUAACAGCUGUGUGGAGAUGGGAUUGACUGGACUGUGAUACAUAUUUACUUAAACGAUGCAAAACUUUUAACUUUUGUGACAAAUUAUUUUUGUUAAUUUUAGUUCUUAUAUAUGUAUUCCUGCAACAAAGUAAAGAAGGGGAAGGAAGCAAUA